ACAGAGCUGCCCACAGUCGUUUAUUUCAUCGGUCUGAGGGUUACCUGCUUCAACAGUGCUUGAACGGCAUCCCAAUUACCGUCUCCUAAUACAUCUAAUUACCAUUUACCUUGUUUACUUUAUCGCUACGUGUAUCGCCAUCAAAAACUUUAGCUAGCUGAAGAGCGGACUCGAGACUAUCGACUCACAUUUUAAAACCGUGUAAAAAAUUAACGACCAUUGUGUCUAGCUUGACUAUAUAGCGUCUGUCUUUUUGAAGGGCAUUAUUACAAGAAAGAUGAGUUCCCAAGUGAGACAGAACUUCCACCAGGACUGCGAGGCCGCCAUCAACCGGCAGAUCAACCUGGAGCUGUACGCCUCCUACGUCUACUUGUCCAUGUCGUACUUCUUCGACCGGGACGACCAGGCCCUGGCCAACUUCGCCAAGUUCUUCCGCAAGCAGUCCCACGAGGAGCGCGAGCAUGCGGAGAAGCUGAUGGACCUCCAGAACAAGAGAGGGGGCAGGAUCUUCCUGCAGGACGUCCGGAAGCCGGAGAGGGACGAGUGGGGCAGUGGUGUCGAGGCUCUGGAGGGCGCCCUGCAGCUGGAGAAGAGUGUGAACCAGUCCCUGCUGGACCUGCACAAGCUGUGCUCCGAACACAACGACCCCCAUAUGUGCGACUUCAUCGAGACGCACUACCUGGACGAGCAGGUGCGGUCCAUCAAGGAGCUGGCGGACUGGGUGACCAACCUGCGGCGCAUGGGCGCCCCGCAGAACGGCAUGGCGGAGUACCUGUUCGACAAGCACACGCUGGGCAAAGACAGCAGCUAAACCCGCGAUCCUUUCCUUCUCUCUCUCUGUCCCGCUAUUUAGCCAUUUCCUGUGUGUGUGUGUGUGUGUGUCUGCAAUCAUCCCUCACUCAUUCACUGCAGCCCUGCCCCGCGCUCUCUUCCUUCCUCGACGCAGUGACGUCCCCGCGAAGCCAUCAAAGUGUCCGUCCAGGGCAGGCGGGGAGCUGGUGCUAACGCUGACGCUCGCCCGCCCUGGCCCCUCUGCUCACGUGUUUUAGUCGGGAAAUAUACUCUUAUCAAUAAACUGAACCCUCUGGAUUCUGAA